AGAGGUCCGCCGUUAACGACCGACGCUGGGUGGACGCUGCCCUGGGAAAGUCAGCCGGCUAGUUUACCGAGUUCGGAGUCGGCGGAUUGAAGCCGGAGGAGUCGGUGUCGGGAUUUAUCAGCAGGGCUGGUCGGGGCGGCGCGGCGCGGCAGCGGCGGGAGUAUUCCAGUGGAGGGUGUCAUGGCUCCCCUGUUUACUGAACUGCCCUCCUAGGUGGUCUCUAACAGUUAAACACACACACACAGACAAACUCACUCACACACACACACACACACACACACACACACACACACACACACACACACACACAUACAUACAUACAUACAUACACUCACAAAAGCAUCACAAAUACAUAUACCCCCACAUAUUCUCCUGCUCUAAGUCUGUGUGAGAAAUGACGACCUCCCAUCUAAACGGCCAUGUUGGGGGGGAUGGGGAGGGCGGAGGCGGUGUGGAGGAGGAGGUAAGGGGAGGCCAGCAGCACAGGGAAAUGGCAGUGGACUGUCCGGGGGACCUGGGGAGUCGAACCCUGCCCGUAAGAAGAUCUGCACAACUGGAGAGGAUAAGACAACAUCAGGAGGAUCUUCGUCGACGUAGAGAGGAGGAGGGAAGGCAACUGGACUUGAACGCCUCUCUGAGACUCAGGAAGCUCUCCCAGAACCCGCACAUCGGAAUCGACAACCCGACAUUUCUACUGGAUUCGCACACACCGCAGCAGCCACCACUGGGCACCCAGCACACACACACACUAUUGGAGUUGGAGGAGUUGCUGCUGUCACUAAAGCAGGUGCAGGGCUGUCUGCCGGAUCCUCAGAGUCAGAGUGACAUCGAGCUGGUGCUGGCACUGCUACACAAGUCUGAUUUUCAGUCAGCGCUGAGGAUCCAUAAUGCUGUGGCCAGCAGUAUGCACCGACCCUCGCCUCCCUACCCGCACACACAUCAGGCACUGCAGCUGGCGAUGGAGGUCCAGAAUUUGGUCCAGUGCAGCCAGAACAAGGAAGGACUGGAGCUCCACACCCUGUUAUCAAAUACACACAUACAGGCUCUGCUCCUGGCCCAUGACAGCGUGGCGGAGAGGGAAAUGCAGCCUGAGCCCCUACUCUCAGCUGGAGAAACACUAACCCAAUGGGGAGGAGAGACAGUCAAGAUAGUUCGCAUCGAGAAGGCCAGAGAUAUACCACUGGGUGCGACGGUUCGUAAUGACAUGGACAGUGUGGUGAUUAGUCGUAUUGUACGAGGCGGAGCAGCUGAACGCAGCGGGCUGCUGACAGAGGGAGAUGAAAUCCUGGAGAUAAAUGGUAUAGAAAUAAGAGGGAAAGAUGUCAACCAGGUCUUUGACAUACUGGCGGACAUGCAUGGUGUCCUAACCUUCGUGUUGAUUCCCAGUUCUCAGAGUAAACCUCCACCAGUCAAGGAGUCUGUGGUUCAUGUGAAGGCCCAUUUUGACUAUGACCCUUCAGAUGACCCCUAUGUGCCCUGCAGAGAGCUUGGUCUGUCCUUUCAGAAAGGAGACAUUCUCCAUAUUAUUAGCCAGAUUGACCCCAACUGGUGGCAGGCUUAUAGGGAUGGAGAUGAAGAGAAUCAGCCUCUUGCUGGACUAGUACCAGGGAAGAGUUUCCAGCAGCAGAGAGAAGCCAUGAAACAGACAAUAGAAGAAGACAAAGAGCCGGAGAAGUCUGGAAAGCUUUGGUGUGCUAAGAAGAACAAGAGGAAGAGGAAGAAGCUGCUGUAUAAUGCUCACAGGAAUGAUGAUUAUGACAACGAGGAAAUUCUGACAUAUGAAGAAAUGGCUUUGUACCAUCAACCAGCAAAUAGGAAGCGACCGAUUGCACUGAUUGGACCAGCAAGCUGUGGGCAGGCGGAGCUUAGGCAGAAGUUACUAAACAGCCAGCCGGAGCGCUUUGCUGGAGCUGUACCCCACACGACACGGAGCCGACGUGAAGGAGAACUCAGUGGCAGAGACUAUCACUUCGUUUCCCGUCAGGCCUUCGAAGCUGAACUGGCUGCUGGUAAACUGAUCGAGUCUGGUGAGUUUGAGAAAAACCUGUAUGGAACCAGUACAGACUCAGUGAGACAGGUCAUCAACACUGGAAAAAUCUGUCUUCUAUGUCUACACACACAGUCCCUGAAGGUAUUGAGAAGUUCAGACCUGAAGCCCUACAUCAUCUUUAUAGCCCCGCCCUCCCAGGAGAGACUUCGAGCCCUGCUGGCCAAGGACAACAAGAACCCUAAGCCAGAGGAGCUGCGCGACAUCAUCGAGAAAGCCAGGGAGAUGGAGCAGAGCUGUGGUCACCUGUUUGAUGCCGUCAUCGUCAACUCCGACCAGGACAAGGCCUUCAACGAGCUGCUACGACUCAUCAACAAACUGGACACGGAACCGCAGUGGGUGCCCGGCUCCUGGCUGCGCUGAGAACACACGCAGACACAAGCACCAUGCAGAGACACACACCUUACAUCACAUACACAGUCUACACAGCUUACGUAGAAGAAGAGACAAAAACUGGACCUUGGACUUGAUGAUGACCUCUUUUGGUUGUUUAUGCAAAAAAUACACAGAAGAGUAUCAGAUGAACACACUUGAGUUCUCACAACAGGGUUCGUCCAGUAGAUACUGGUGAUGAGAUCCUGCAAAUGAUGUCAAGCUGAGAAUCUGUUUGGAGGUUAUUAGGACAGAUCUGAUUUUGACAAAGGGUGGUGUUGCACCACCAUCACCUUGUUUUAUAGAAAUGUUGUUUCCACUAAACAUAGACGGGGUAGGACCUGACUGAUCCAUGGUAUUUUGGAUUCAAAGCUGACAUACAUCUGCUGAUUAUAAGUUCUUCAUUAGUCGUCGUUAGAAAUCCUUGGGCAUCUGAAGUCCUGACCCGGGAUGACUUAGAGAAACGGUUUCUGCUGGCUCUCGAAACCACGGGGCCUCGUUUAUAAGAAACGCGUCAUCUGACCAAGUUUUGACUCAAAACAACGACCUUUUAUAAAGAAUGAUUUAGAUUACCUAAGUUAUAAUUGUAGCGUUUGUGCCUCUUGUAAUCAUAAAGUUUUAGGGUUUUUUAUAUUAUAAAAAUCAGAGAAGAUAGAAGUGACCUUCCAGUUCUGACAUCAAGAACACUUUUUUCUUAUACCACAACUCAGGCUUGGCUUUCUCCCAAGCCUGGAAGCUGCAGAAGAAUCCUCAUUAAAUGAGGCCACUACAAGUAGUACACGUGUUCAAACACCCGCGACUCGGUCUGGACUCCAUGUUGAGCCUCGGCUGCUGUGAACAGCGUCAUGGUCUCACACCGUGGCGGCGGUGGUGGUGUAGCUGUUGGCAGUCAGUAGCGGUUCAUGGCCAGAAGCUGCAGCUCUGGAAGCUACGCAGCUGACGGUCUCACCCAUCAGCUGCUGGGCUCUCUCAUGGGCUGGCUGGUUUCCUGGUUGUACACUAAAAUACAGCACGGAGUACUUCAGAUGUGUACGGAUGACGGCGCUGCCGUCUCGCUGGAGGUUUUCUAAACCUGUGUUCUCCACUUAUUUGCUGACCGGCAGACUUCCUGGCUCCCUAUCUUAGCUCUCUGUCUGACUUAAAAACCGUUUGAUUGGGCGUCCGGGUGGCGUGGCGGUCUAUUCCGUUGCCUACCAACACGGGGAUCUCCGGUUCGAAUCCCCGUGUUGCCUCCGGCUUGGUUGGGCGUCCCUACAGACACAAUUGGCUGUGUCUGCGGGUGGGAAGCCGGAUGUGGGUAUGUGUCCUGGUUGCUGCACCAGCGCCUCCUCUGGUCGCUGGGAGAACUGGGGUGGAAUAGCGUGACCCUCCCACGCGCUACGUCCCCCUGAUGAAGUGCCUCUCUGUCAGGGGAAAAGAAGAGGCUGGCGACUCCACAUGUGUGGUAGGAGGUAUGUGGUAGUCUGCAGCCCUCCCCGGGUCAGCAGAGGGGGCGGAGCAGCGACCGGGACGGCUCGGAAGAGUGGGGCCGGAUACCAUUGGGGAGAAAAGGGGGGAAAUUAAAUAAAUGAAUCAAACCUUCUGCUUGGCCUGUAACGCACUCUGUCCGGCCGUGUCCCCUCUGAUCACAUUUCCAUAGACACGACCCGUGGACCUGAAUCCUGAACGCUGACACUUCCUGUUUGUAGGUGUAUGUUCCUAUUUGCAGAUGAUAUGCUGACUUUAUUUUAUAUUGUGUGUGUGUGUGUGUGCGUGCGUGUGUGCGUGUGUGAGCAUAUUUGCGGGUCUGUGCCUGUUCUUAAAGGCAGUGAAGUAUUAUUACCUGAAGUAGAUCUGAGACGAUAUCACUUUGUCAUCACUGUGUAGAGCCUUAAUGUAUUUGACAUUUUGAAAAUAGAUUUAUGAAGUCCGGAGUGAACCGGUAGGAUUGCCGCCUCUGCCUUUUCGCCUCCCUGCUGUUAAUCCGGAGGUCAAAGGGGGGCGGGGUGAAGUGGAAUUAGCUGUUUUGAAUGUAAAGCUGUUGAUUAAAAUCACCUCCUGUUUAUCUGACAUCACUUUCUUAUCCUGAGAAGGAAACGUUUUUUCUAUGAAUAUUCACAAAAAUAAAUAGAUGAU